UCCAUCUUUGUGCGGGGCGUCUCGUAAACUGACAACUGUACUGUGUGGAGCAACAAAACAACUGCGAGCUGACGAUCUAAAAACAAAGACCUGUCCUGAUCUUUCGUCGCUGCUUUCUGUUCCAAAAGCUCGACAACAUGUACUUUAACCGCGGUUACUCUGUCAUCGCCUGCUGCGUCCUGGUCGGGUUGGUUCUGGGUUUAGAAGAUGGCCCGGAUCGCCCGGUUAUCGGAGCUCCGGGAUCCCCGGUCCGUUUGUCUGAGUCAGACCCGGGGGUUAUGAAAGCAAUCAAAUUUGCAGAGGAAAGAUAUAAUAUGGCCUCCAACGCGAUGCAUGUCCGCCGUGUUAGCAAAAUCCUUUCGGCCAGCAAACAGCUGGUGAAAGGUGUCCGGUACAGUAUUAUGGUUGAGAUUGGAAGCACUCAGUGUAAGAAAUCCCUCAAACUAAGCACUGCGGACACCUGUGACUUUUUCCCAGAGCCACACAAACAGAAGACGGAGGUUUGUUUGUUUGAGGUUUGGGACAUUCCCUGGGAAAAUAAAUCCACCCUACUUAAACAGAAAUGCCAGCCUGCGGUUUCAAAGGAGCUCAAAAAGGUGGCAGCCGUACCCCUAACCCAUGGCAAACCUAUGAAGGAAACUGUGGAGCUUUUGACCCAGUUUAAAAACUUUAUGAUCACAUACAAUCGAACAUACAGCUCCCAAGAAGAGGCAGAGAAGCGUUUGCACAUUUUCCAAGAGAAUAUGAAAACAGCUCAAACACUGCAAUCCCUGGAACAGGGGUCAGCUGAGUACGGUGUUACCAAGUUCAGUGACCUCACAGAGGAUGAGUUCAGAAUGAUGUACCUCAACCCAAUGCUGAGUCAGUGGAGCUUGAAGAAGGAGUUGAAGCCAGCGACUCCAGCUAGUAAGGCUGCUCCUGACAGCUGGGACUGGAGGGAGCACGGGGCGGUCAGUUCUGUGAAGAAUCAGGGCAUGUGUGGCUCCUGUUGGGCAUUUUCUGUGACUGGAAACAUUGAGGGACAGUGGUUCAAGAAAACCGGACAGCUUCUUUCCCUCUCUGAGCAGGAAUUAGUGGACUGUGAUAAACUGGACCAAGCAUGUGGAGGUGGACUGCCGUCAAAUGCUUACGAAGCCAUUGAGAAGCUUGGAGGUCUUGAGACCGAAACGGACUACAACUACAUAGGACACAAGCAGAGCUGUGAUUUCUCUUCAGGGAAGGUGGCUGCUUACAUUAACAGCUCCGUUGAGCUGCCCAACGAUGAAAACGAGAUUGCUGCUUGGCUGGCUGAGAAUGGUCCGGUGUCUGCUGCCCUCAAUGCUUUCGCCAUGCAGUUCUACAGAAAGGGAGUGUCUCAUCCUCUGAAGAUCUUCUGCAACCCCUGGAUGAUUGAUCACGCUGUGCUGCUUGUGGGAUAUGGACAACGUAAUGGCAUUCCAUUCUGGGCCAUCAAAAACAGCUGGGGAGAGGACUAUGGAGAGCAGGGUUACUAUUACCUGUACAGAGGAUCCAGACUGUGUGGAAUCAACAAGAUGUGCUCAUCUGCAAUUGUGAAUUAAACACACAGACACACACACAAAGCAAGCAAGCAUGGAUACAAAACAUUUGAAAACAGCCCAGUCAUGAACAUGUGAUGACUGUGUACAGAGUUCACUCUGUUUCAGUCAUCAUGUGAUCUGGACACAAUAGUGUUAAACACUCAUUCUACACAUAUUUCAUCGAUAUAAGCACAUAAUUCUCCGUAGCUCAGAUUUGUGAAGUAUUUCUUUUGAGGUCAUGUACUUUAGUUACCAGUCCUUGUGCUGUUACAUACAUGCUAAAAAGCUAAAACUCCAUUCUAUUCAGAAUAGCUGAAUUUAAUGUACAUUACCUCAGAUCCACAUGUGCAGUGAUGUUAGACAGCAGAUUACCAAAUAGCAAAUAGCUACAAGAUAACAGCCAUUUACAAUGUUACUAAUACAAACACUAUUGUGAUUUUAUUGUGAUUUUAGACUCUUUUACACUAAUUAGUUUUGUUAUUCUGUGUUUUAUCUAAUUCUUAAUUUAAUUCCAUAAUGAGUUGAGCCUGUGUCAUAUUUGCUUUUAAUCCUACUGAACAGAUUAGCAUUUAUCCAAUUUUAAGUGCAUUUUACUGAGUAUUUUGAGCUGCUGGUCUUAAAAACUAGAUUUUGCACAUUAUGAAUUUCCACAGUAUAUUGUGCUCAUACCGUUAAAGUAAGCGUGGCUCUUUUUACCCGCACAUCUUCCUCAUUUUUGAGCACAUUUUGCUGCAUGGGAAAAAGUUGCAGAUGCUUCUUACAAACCGCACAGUUGAAGAAUUGUUUUAAGUUUGUGUUGUGGUAGAAAAGAUGAAUUAUGAAUUUCUCAGUUGCUGUGCUGUUACUGUUUACACCAGCUGUAUCUCUAAUGCAUUAUCAAAGCUGUAUUCCUGAAUAAACUCUUAAAUGUCUCAGAAAUAACA